UUUCAUUUUAAUUGCGAAAGAAUUGAUACAGUGAAUUGGCCUUAUUUACAAAGAUUUUGUGGAAAAUUCAGGUAGUCGUUAUCUUAGAUCAGUUGGAUGACAUUCUUCAACUGACACUAAACAGUGAAGAUAAAAUUGCGAGAGUUAUCAUUGGUGUUGUUGUGAAAAGCUUUUUGACCCACUAACGUGAUCUUGAAAAGUCGAAUUAUUUUGAUAGUCUGUGAACAUCUUAUGUGCAUAACUGAAACUAGUGCAUAGAUCAGAAGAUUCAAUUUUCUCAAAAAUAAGCUGAAAUGGUGCCCAAGCCGAAUUUUCCCAUAAUUGCUGUGAUAGGUGUCAUAAAUGAAGACAGUAAGCCGCCUGAUAAACCAGCUGCGGCUGACUUUGAAACGGCUAUAUCAGCAACUGGUCACGGCCUAUUCCAUUACUUACUUCUAUUGGCUGGAUUACCAUGUUGUGCCGCAACACUUUUUGAAACUUCAACUUUGUCGUAUGUACUACCUAGUGCCGAUUGUGAUCUGCAUUUGACCUUGACUGACAAAGGUAUUUUGAAUGGAGUUACUUAUGCGGGCAUGAUAAUAUCAGCCAUUCCUUGGGGCUAUUUAUCCGACAAGCUGGGGAGACGAAAGCUACUUAUUUAUGGAUAUUUACUCGAUGCGCUUUGCGUGUUUAUGUGCGCAUUAAGCCAAAAUGUUUGGACUCUAAUUUUUUUCAAAUUUCUGGGAGGAUUCAUUACUUGUGGUCCAUUUGCUGUGCUUAUGUCAUAUUUGUCUGAAUUUCAUGGAACGGAUCACCGUUCCCGAGUUAUGAUGGUCAUUGGCAUGUUCUUUAGUUUGGCCACAAUAUCAUUACCGGCGUUAGCCUGGUUCGUUAUACCAAAAUCGUGGUCAUUUCAAAUGGGAAGCCUUGUGUCACUCAAGUCGUGGCAAAUAUUCUUGGCAAUUUGUGGUUUUCCAAGUUUCAUCAGCGGCAUCGCCAUGAUUUUUUUCCCAGAAAGUCCAAAGUUUUUAAUGUCACAAGGCCGCAACGAGGAAGCAUUGCGUGUGUUUCAAACUAUUUUUCGCAUUAAUACUGGAAGAUCAGCAGCGGACUAUCCGAUAACCGAUCUUGUUCGUGAAUUGGACACGAAAAAAGAUGCAGAAACGGCGAAAAUCGACAAAAAAGCCUUCGGCGCCUUUUCCUUCGUUAAAAACAUAUGCCAAAGCAUCCCACUGCUACAAGAAACACUGCUUAAGAAAUGUGUGCUGGUUUUAAGCAUACAGUUUUGCGCGUUACUUGGUCUUAACACAGUGCGACUGUGGCUGCCGCAGCUGUUUUCAAUGGUUUCGGAUUUUGAGAGUAUGCCACCACUUGACGACAUAGACAGCGACCUGUGCAGUAUGCUGUCGUACAGUGUUAAUAAAUCAAUAACCAAUGUUCAAUCAAUUGGCACCAACAAUACAUGCAUUCCAAACGUUGUGAACUCAACCACUUACGUGAACACAAUCAUCGUUGGAUGUGUCGGUCUCGUUGGUUACCUGAUUGCUGGCGCUUUAAUAAAUGCAGUUGGCUGCAAAAAUAUUUUGAUUUACGGCUUAUGUGUGUCUGGCUGUUGUGGAAUUGGUCUUUUUUGGGCUCGUAACUCGAUGACGACGGUGGCAUUAUCGUCGUUGUAUACAACAAUCGGAAGUAUUAGUUCGACUGCAUUGAUUGGAAUUGUUGUGAAUUUGUUCCCAACAUCUUUGAGAACAAUGACCAUAUCACUUGUUAUGAUGUUUGGACGCUUCGGUGCAUUAAUUGGCAAUGUGGUCUUUCCAUAUCUUCUGCAAACGGGCUGCUUGCCACCGUUUCUCUUAAUUGGUCUGGUAGAAUUUGCUUGCAGUUUCCUGUGUACGCUUUUGCCGAAAGGGAACGAAUCUCUACAAUGACGACAUCCCGAUAACGUUAUGUGUUAAAUUAUGUUAAAAAGUAAUUAAUUUUGCGACUAAAAUUGUUGUUGUCAGAGAUUGUGAUAUUUGUUUUCGUAAAUAAAAUUGUGAGUUGUCUCUUGUAGU